UUCAGUUUCACUCUUUUACUUGUUGCCCUAACCCUUAUUUUCAAAGCCCUCGUUUCGCUAAUGUUAUCGUUAUAGGAGAAUGGAGUAUCCGUCUAUUUCAUCACUCUCUAAUCUGAAAGAAGAAACUCUGAUUGUCGAAAAGAAGUCCAAGAGGAAGAACAAUAAUGCUGAAAAGAAGAGAAAGUGGUUGAUUUGCAUUGGAACUGAAAAGAGUAAAUCCAAAAAGAAGAGAAGAUCCCAACAUCAGGAACUUUCUGAGCCUCGGAAGGAGUCUCCUUACUUUCAGAAUGACCACAUGAAGAAGGCAGAUAUUAUAGGCUUGCCAGAUACUUCUGGAAAUUUUCCGCAGAACAAUCAUGAAGAGAACAGAGAUAAAAUUUUGAUUGUGAACGGGUUGAAAAGGCCAAGAGUAAAGCGAAAAAUUUGGGCCUAAAGUAGAAGAAAACGCAGACCCCUGCUUGUUGGUAAAUAAAUUUAGUGGUCGUGAAAAAUCGAUUACAGUUAAAAGGACCCUUUCCACUUAUGAGAAGUGGGAUGAGGCUUACCAAAGAAGAACUCCUGAUAAUACAUGGAAGCCUCCGCGGUCUAAGAGGGUGUUGGUUAUAUGCAUGCUUUUUGCAGGUAAAAAGGGUUAUAUUAGACCUGUUCAAGUUAUGUCCAGAUGCAAAAUCUUGUACACAAAUCACAAAAGAGGAAAUAGAACAGAUAAUAAGGAGUCUAGGUCUUCAAAGGAAAAGGGCACAUAUGUUACAACGGUUCUCUCAGGAAUACUUGGAGGAAAGAUGGACACAUGUAACUCAACUCCAUGGUGUUGGCAAGUAUGUCAUGUCAUGUUCUGUUCUGUAUGCAGCGGAUGCAUAUGCUAUAUUUUGUACAGGAAAGUGGGAUCAAGUGAGACCCGCAGAUCAUAAGCUAAACGAGUAUUGGGAAUGGCUCCGUGAAAAUCAAGCAUAAAUUGUGAAAGACAUAGGAUGAAGGAAUGAAGUUUCUAAAUUUUUCAUACUGGCGUCUGUCUCUUUGUAUUUGUGUACUGAUGAUGGGAAAGUCCAUAUCUGUGUUGGGUAUGGUUCAUAUUUUGUACAGGAAAGUGGGAUCGAGUGAGACCCGCAGAUCAUAAGCUAAACAAGUAUUGGGAAUGGCUCCGUGAAAAUCAAGCAUAAAUUGUGAAAGACAUAGGAUGAAGGAAUGAAGUUUCUAAAUUUUUCAUACUGGCGUCUGUCUCUUUGUAUUUGUGUACUGAUGAUGGGAAAGUCCAUAUCUGUGUUGGGUAUGGCUCAUAUUUUGUACAGGAAAGUGGGAUCGAGUGAGACCCGCAGAUCAUAAGCUAAACGAGUAUUGGGAAUGGCUCCGUGAAAAUCAAGCAUAAAUUGUGAAAGACAUAGGAUGAAGGAAUGAAGUUUCUAAAUUUUUCAUACUGGCGUCUGUCUCUUUGUAUUUGUGUACUGAUGAUGGGAAAGUCCAUAUCUGUGUUGGGUAUGGCUCAUAUUUUGUACAGGAAAGUGGGAUCGAGUGAGACCCGCAGAUCGUAAGCUAAACGAGUCUUGAUGGCUCCGUGAAAAUCAAGCAUAAAUUGUGAAAGACAUAGGAUGAAGGAAUGAAGUUUCUAAAUUUUUCAUACUGGCGUCUGUCUCUUUGUAUUUGUGUAAUGAUGAUGGGAAAGUCCAUAUCUGUGUUGGGUAUAGCUCAUACUUCGCAUGCUGAUGAAGGCCUUUGUUGUUGGGGUCAGCAGAAAGGCAACUAGAGUCACGCUCCCAGGUGAGCGGGCCGGGGUCCGGGGGAGCCGCCCUGGCGUAGAAGCUAGGUACUGUUGUAGGCCUCUGAUCUAUUGUAAUUUUUUCUUUUCUUAGUAGUUUGGGCUUGCGCUCAUGAAUAGCUGCUGUUAGGUUUUUCUAAUCUUAUUUAUAUUCUCCUUGUAAAUCGAGUGACUUGUAACGAGUGGCAGUGAGGUGAAUAUAGUACAGACAAGCUGGACGUAGCCUAUAUUGGGUGAACCAGGAUAAAU